AUGUUUAUAUAUACAGACGUUAUACGUGAAUGCGCAAGGUCGAACCAAGUCACAUGAGGUAUUUAAUUACAACUUGAGUACCCGAUAUCAACACCCGUGAUACACACUUAGAAGACCCGGAAGAUGAAGAAUUGUUUACAAAACGUCCUGUUCGUUGUCUCUAUAAUUCUCGUGCAACACGUACAUGCCAAAUCACCACAUAUACUAUUUAUAGUAGCAGACGACUUCGGUUGGAAUGAUGUCGGAUUCCGUAAUGAAAACAUAUCAACCCCCAACAUCGACACAUUGGCGAAGGAGGGAGUCAUACUGGAUCAGGCAUAUGUACAGCCUGUGUGUUCACCAUCCCGAAACGCUUUUAUGACAGGGAUGUACCCUUUCAAAACAGGACUACAGCAUUUGGUGAUAUGGCCUGAUCAACAGGUGUGUUCGCCAACAAAUCUCACCUUCCUACCACAACAGCUCAAGAAGCUUGGAUAUGCAACACAUAUGAUAGGAAAGUGGCACCUUGGGUUCUGUAAAUGGCAAUGUACACCUACCUACCGCGGCUUUGACUCUUUCUAUGGGUAUUACACUAGUCAUGAAGACUACUACAAAAAGACUAACGUCCGGAAUGGAAAACUGGGCUUCGACUUCAGGAACAAUAUGAAGACUGACAAAGGAGGGAUAGGUACAUACUCAACGUUUCAGUAUACUGCUCGAGCGUUGGAAUUGAUUAGUCAACACAAUAAGAGUAAUCCAUUUUUCCUCUAUAUGCCUCUGCAAUCCGUUCACUCGCCAAUCCAGGUACCCAUUGAGUAUGAAAAUAUGUACAAAAACAUACACAAUGAAGGCAGACGAAAAUUUUCUGGAAUGGUAACAGCGAUGGAUGACGUCAUCGGCAACGUGACACAAGCUCUGAAGGCACAUGGCAUGUACGAAGAUACACUUAUUGUCUUUACAUCAGAUAAUGGCGGCUGGCCCACCAUGUUUGGAAACAACUUCCCACUAAGGGGUUCUAAGAUAACGAUAUACGAGGGAGGUACCAGGGUGACGGCUUUCGUACACGGAGCUGGCCUUAAGAAGACAAAAUAUACAUACAAAGGGAUGCUUCACGCCGUCGACUGGAGUCCGACAAUAGUAGCGGCUGCCGGUGGAGUACCCGAGACAAACAUUGAUGGUAUUAACCAGUGGGACAAUAUCCGGACAGGUGGUCAGUCCGGCCGGACAGAGUUCGUCUACAACCUGGACGAUCUGGCUCCGUAUGAGACAGGCCACGCAGCCAUUCGUGUGGGAGAUUACAAGCUAAUAGUCGGCUACCCCGGUUUGUACCCAGGCUGGUACCCUCCUCCCACAUACACAAGUGAUAACUACAUCAAAGAGGUACCUUACGACGGCAGCCAGGAUAACACAACACAGCUGUUUAAUCUGAAAGAUGAUCCAAACGAGCAUAACGACCUAUCGCAAAAGUUGCCAGAUGUUGUUGGAAAACUGCGGAAGAAGAUGGCGGAAUACCACAAACAGAUGGUUCCGGCGAAUUACCCGCCGGCUACAUCCGCAUCUGACCCAAAGAACUACAAUGGUUUCUGGACUCCUGGAUGGUGCUGAAAUGACAUUUAACGGGUAGUUAACCUGUUGGUGUAUCUUAUGGUAUUGCAUAUAUCUUCAAAAAAUGUAUGCUUAGGUGAAAUUUAUAAAUUAAAUUCGUAAUGCUUUAUGUUCUGGUAAGAUAAGGUUAUGAUAAUAUCAUGAAUACGUAAGAAGGAAAGGUGGAAACAACAUGCUACAGAUUUAGCAAUGUCUUCGCCACUGUACGAAUAAGUGUUUUACUCACUGGUCACUAGGUUUAUUGGUAUAAAUUAUAUAAAUGUAUCGUCACUAAUGGUGAUUUCUGUACUAAUCAUAUCAUUGGUAUACAGCUGCACGUGAUAGAUAUUAAUCUUAAUGACGUCUCUUUGUUCAAUUUGUCGAUUCAUAGAGAUAUCUCUGCACAUUGAAACUUUUGAAAAAAAAAUGAAUAAAGCUGUCGUAGCUGCUUCAUGUUAAAGUUUUGCUAAGAAGACAUCCAAAGUACGUACAUCGCUAUAUAUGAUGAGCGAAGUCCAUUUUGUGUAUAAAUAUCCGGUAUAUGAAAGUGUUAUUAUCUCUUUCGUCCAGUUUAUGAUAUGUCGUAUACAGAAAGGAAUUAGUGACAGUUAAGAUGUAUUCUAAUUAAAAUACCAUGUUCGUUAUACUCUCCGUAAACACGGUAUACGGAGUGGUAUUAUAUAUAACGGAGUUUACGGAGUGGAAUAAGAACAUCUAAUUUUAAUUAGAUUGCUCCAUAAUACAUUUAUACAUAUGAAAAUUUAGCAAUGGUCUAAUGAUAAUGAGCAUGUGAUAAUUCUGAAAGUAUAUUAAACAGAACAGAAAAAGAGCAUGUAAGAGGGGGAAAACGACGGAAAGGGGAAAGAGAGAGUGAGAGAAAGGAUACUAGUAGGUGAAAUGAGAAUACAUGUACAUUGUAAAAGAUAACGGACAUGUAGAUGAUACUAUGGAUACUAAUUAAAGCAAGUAUAUUGACCUGUGUACUUAUGUAAAUCUUUCGUUAUCAACAAUAAAGUUUUGAACAUGUUUACAAAAAGC